AUGAGGGUGUUCGGGUUCAGCCCUGAGUUCAUUGCCAUGGUCGGUAUGCUCUACGGAGAUAUUGAAAGUGUACUGAAGGUCAACGCUCGUACCUUGACAGAUGGUGGAGGAGGGUGUACUCUCCACACUAUUCCACACCUGGGUGACACCUUCCUGGAGAGCAUGCUCAGACAGCAUGGGCUCAAGGACAGGUCUCCUCCCCGGCGUGUUCCAGAAGCCCCUCUCGCACAGGCUGUGAGGUGGGUACGCUCCCAGGUGAGGGGUGUGUCGGCCCCUCUGCUGCUCUGGAGCCUGUUUGCCUGCAGUGCCACCAUCUGUCUACUCCGGGGACUGCGCCACUCCUGUGCUACGACACACAAACACAAACCCACCGCAACCAAUUCUGACCACACAGACACCAUACAUGAUGGUAACUCCUCGCUGGAGGAAGAGGAAGAGCACCAAGAGGAGGAGAAGGAGGAUGAGGGGAAGGAGCUGAAAGAUGAUACUGUGGAGGAAGAGAAUGGUGAAAGAAAAAAAAAAUAGUGUAGCAGAGGAAGACAAGCAGAUGGAG